UGUAUGUAUGUAUAUAAAAGUGCUGGGCAAGGUAACGCGAUAACGAGAUUAAGAAAAAUCAUGCGAUUAAUCGCGACUAAAAAUUUGAAUCGUUGCCCAUCACAAAUAUUUAUAUGUAAAGAUGCAUCACAUGACCAACAUGCUGAGCUCUACCACCAUCAUUAUAUUAAAGUUGUUUCUGUGUUUUAUUCUGUUUCCUGCAGACGUCCAGCAGCUGUUGGUGGUGAAAGAAGAGGUUCCCCCUGAGCAGCAGGAGUGGAGCUCCAGUCUGGACCAGGAGGACCCAGAGCCCCCACACAUUAAAGAGGACCAGGAGGAACUCUGGACCAGUCAGGACGGAGAGCAGCUUCAAGGUCUGGAGGAGGCUGAUGUCAAGUUCUCAUUCACUCCUGUGAAGAGUGAAGAUGAUGAUGAUGAUGAAGAGGAAGCUCAGUCCUCACAGCUUCAUCAAAGACAAACUGAACAGAUGGAAACAGAAGCUGAUGGAGAGGACUGUGGAGGACCAGAACCAGACAGGAACUCGGAUCCAGAUAGACAUCCAGAACCAGAUACUGAUGAUGGUGUUGAUAGUGAUUUUUGGAAGGAGAUCAGAGAACCUCAGUCUGGUUUAAACUCUCUGAAUGAUGAUGAUGAAGUUUCAGUCAAUGAUUCCAGAUGUAGUGCUGGAGAGAAACCAGUUGGCUGCUCCGAGUGUGGGAAAAGAUUUAGCAACAAGGGAACUCUGAAGGACCACAUGAGAUCUCACACAGGAGAGAAACUCUUCAGCUGCUCAGUUUGUCAGAAGUCUUUUACCCAGAGGGGACAUUUACAGAAACAUGUGAGAAUCCACACUGGAGAGAAACCAUUCAGCUGCUCCGCUUGUGGAAAAGCUUUCAGUGAAAGUGGGAAUCUGAAGGUACACAUGAGAUCUCAUACAGACGUCCAGCAGCUGUUGGUGUUUAAAGAAGAGGUUCCCUCUGAGCAGCAGGAGUGGAGCUCCUGUCUGGACCAGGAGGACCCAGAGCCCCCACACAUUAAAGAGGACCAGGAGGAACUCUGGACCAGUCAGGAGGGAGAGCAGCUUCAAGGUCUGGAGGAGGCUGAUAUCAAGUUCUCAUUCACUCCUGUGAAGACUGAAGACGAUGAAGAGGAAGCUCAGUCCUCACAGCUUCAUCAAAGACAAACUGAACAGAUGGAAACAGAAGGUGAUGGAGAGGACUGUGGAGGACCUGAACCAGCAUGGAACUCAAUAUCACACAGACAUCCAGACUCUUCUGAACCUGAGACUGAUAACAGUGAUGACUGGAAGGAGACCAGAGAACCUCAGUCAGGUUUAAACUCUCUUAAUAAUGAAGUUUCUGUAGAGAAACCAUUUAGCUGCUCUGAGUGUGAUAAAAGAUUUAGCCUCAAAACAUGUCUGAACAGACACAUGAGAUCUCAUAAAGGAGAGAAACCUUUCAGCUGCUCAGUUUGUAAGAAAUCUUUUGGACGGAGAGAAACUUUACAGACGCACAUAAGAAUCCACACGGGAGAGAAACCAUUCAUCUGCUCUCUUUGUGAGAAACGAUUUUUGCGUAAGGCCCAUCUGAAGAGACACAUGAUGACUCAUACAGGAGAGAAACCUUUCAGUUGCUCGGUGUGUGGUAAAUGUUUCACACAGGCAGGAAGUCUGAGACAACACAUGAGCAUCCACACAGGAGACAAACUAUACAGCUGCAGCCUUUGUGACAGAAGAUUCCCCUGGUACACCAGCUUCAAACACCAUCAGUAUGUUUGUCGUCGGUCCUUAACUUCAUCAAAAUCUAACUGAACAGAUGGAAACAGAAGGUGAUGGAGAGGACUGUGGAGGACCAGAACCAGACAGGAACUCAGAUCCAGAUAGACAUCCAGAACCAGAUACUGAUGAGGAGACUGGAGACUCUUCAUGGAAGGAGCAUAUUUACAACAUAGAAAAGUGAAUCUCCUCUCCUACACUGCCCCUUUCUCUCCUCUCCUCUCUAUAUAUUACGUAACAAUAUUCAUGACUGUUUAUUGAACUGUGGUGAGAUACAAGGAGCCCUCUAUGUACAGAUCUCCACAGGUGACAGCGCUCAUGUUAAAGUUAAACUGUCUGAUAAAAACAUGAACUUUAACUUUACCUUCAGAGAAAAUAGUUAAAGAACUGAAAGAGCUGCUUCAUUUAUUCCAUGUAAGUUUAUUUUUCUCUACUCCUAGAAAAUCAAUCACAUUUCACGUUUAAUGACAUCUGAGCAAUUGAUUCCCCUGAAGAGGCCAGGUUGUGGUUGAAAGCUCCAGAAACACCAACUCAUUUGGACCUUGUGUUGAGAGAUUCUAUGAACCUUUUCUUUACAAAUUCAAGAAUGAACAUUAAAGCUCAAUGAAUGUCAUUCUUUAAAAAGUCAAUUUAAUCAUUUAAAUUCCUGUCUGUGUUUUUCUGAGGAAGUCUGUAAUUUCAGUAACAUCUUGAACUUUUAUUUUGAAAGUCAGCAGCGGAUGUGCCCCGGAAGCUGGAUUGUUCACUGAGGCUAACUUCACACUCUGUGAUCAAGAUGGCGUCUAUCAGAAACAGGCUGUUAGCAGAGUCUCUGGUCCAGUCCCAGCGUCCCCCUAAAGCAGGGGUCUCAAACUCAUUUUCGCUCCGGGCCACAUCAGCAUCACUGUUGCCC